AUGCACUCAGUCCUUAAGAGUAGAGGUUCAACUAAUUUAUAAAUAUAGAAAAUUGUUCAAAAAUUGAUAGCAGAUUAAAUAUAAAUGAAAACGGUGGAUUCUUAAAGUCAGGAAAAGAGAAUUAGAUUUUGCCAAAGUAAUAAAAUUAUACUAAAAGCUAAGAUAAAAAUGGAGGCACAAGCUUAAAAAAGUGUUAAGUAUUAAAAGAAAAGUAGGAAACAGAAGAAAACUAUAGCAGUCAAUAAAGCAUAAUAUAUCUUGAUAGAUUGCAAACACAUAAUAGUAGUAUUUAAAAAAAUUACAACUCCUAAGAGAAUAUUAUGA